AUGGCGGACAAGGAGGCUACAGUCUAUAUUGUAGAUGUCGGAAGAUCCAUGGGCGAACGUCGAUGUGGCCGCUCUGUCACGGAUCUUGAAUGGGCCAUGCAAUAUGUCUGGGACAGAAUCACCACAACGGUUGGUACUGGCCGAAAGACAGCUACAGUCGGAGUGGUGGCCUUGCGAACAGAUGAGACGAAAAAUGAGCUCCAGGAGGAUUCCAGCUUUGCCAAAAUUUCGGUCAUCUCAAAUAUUCAACAAUUCCUCAUGCCCGAUAUUCGACGGUUGCGAGACGCAAUCAAACCGAGUCAAACUAACAAAGGCGACGCCAUCUCUUCUAUUAUCAUUGCCAUUCAAAUGAUCAGCACUUACUGCAAAAAACUAAAGUACAAGCGAAAAAUAGUGCUGGUCACUAAUGGCAACGGAAUGAUGAGUAGCGAGGACCUUGACAAAAUUCAGGAAAAGAUUAAAGAAGACAACAUCGAAUUAGUGGUGAUCGGAGCUGAUUUCGACGACCCAGAGUAUGGCGUAAAAGAAGAAGACAAGAGCCCUCGGAAAGCUGAGAAUGAAUCUCUUCUUCGUGAGUUUGUCGAAGGCUGCGAUGGUGUCUACGGUACGCUAGAGCAGGCAGUCUCCGAAUUGGAAAUCCCUCGCAUCAAGGUGACGAAGAGCAUGCCGUCUUUCAAGGGGUUUCUCUCGCUUGGCGACUCAUCGAAGUAUGAAACAGCCCUCCGCAUCCCUGUCGAGCGCUAUUUCCGCACCUAUGUUGCGAAACCUCCAUCUGCUAGCUCUUUUGUUCUGCGUGCCGGUGGUGCACCAGGCCAAGAAGAGGCUGAGGGGCGCUCGGAUCAGAACAAAAGCGGAAGCGAUGCUCUUACCACUGUCAGAACGUCACGGACCUAUCAAAUUAUCGAUGAAUCUGCGCCAGGGGGAAAGGCUGAUGUUGAGAGCGAGGAUCUGGCGAAGGGAUACGAGUACGGACGCACAGCCGUACAUAUCAGCCAGACCGAUGAGAAUAUAACUACACUAGAGACUUCUGCGGGCCUUGAACUCAUUGGGUUCGUCAAAAAAGAGCAGUAUGACCGGUACUUGCACAUGUCCAAUACCAACAUCAUCAUUCCACAACGGGCAAAUGACAAGGCCUCUCUCGCAUUAUCUUCAUUUAUCCAUGCUCUAUUCGAGACAGAUGCAUAUGCCAUAGCCCGUUUGGUGACCAAGGAAUCUAAGCCGCCCGUGAUUGUGUUGCUAACACCGUCCAUCGAGUCUGAGUACGAAUGCCUCAUUGAAGCACAGCUUCCAUUUGCUGAGGACGUCCGCUCAUACCGAUUCCCGCCACUCGACAAGGUCGUUACCGUCUCUGGGAAGAUAGUCACUGAGCACCGGAAUUUGCCAAGUGACAACUUACAGCAAGCAAUGAGUGAUUAUGUCGACAGCAUGGAAUUAGAGGAAGAAGAGCUUCCUAUUGAUGACUCAUUCUCUCCGCUUCUACAUCGGAUCGAAGCAGCUGUGCGGUAUCGCGCCGUGCAUCCUGAUCAUCCUACCCUUGAACCAUCUGAUCAGUUGACGAAAUUCGCACAUCCCGACGAGCAGCUACUGAACAAGUCACGAAAUUACCUAGAGCAAUUGAUAUCUACUGCAGACGUCAAGAAAGUUCCUCCUAGAACAAAGGGCCGCAAGCGCCAACGGGAAACCGAGAAGCCCCUCUCCGGGCUCGACGUGGACGCCCUGCUCAACCUAGAACCCAAGCGCGCCAAGAUAUCUGCGGAGAAUGCCAUCCCUGAGUUCAGGCAGAUGCUCUCGCACGCUGAGAGUCUCGAGGUGAUUCACGAUGCUGUCAAGCAGAUGGCUAGCAUUAUCGAGACACAGAUCAAGAACAGCCUCGGUGAAGCGAACUACGAGCGCGUUGUGGAGGGCCUAGGGACUAUGCGUGAAGAAUUGGUUGAUUAUGAGGAGCCUGCACUUUAUAAUGACCUUCUGCGAUCGCUGAAGGGAAAGAUCCUCCGUGAAGAGCUCGGUGGGGAUCGGCGCGAACUGUGGUGGCUUGUACGUAAGGGCAAGCUCGGUCUUAUUGACCGGAGCCUCUCGGAGAGGUCUGAAGUUUCUGAGGAGGAAGCGAAAGAAUUCUUCUCGGCCAAUUGA